GAGACGACUAGCCAGCUAGGUAGGAGCAAAAGAGCUUUGAUUUGAAGUAAAAAUGGUGACCAAACGUGUCGCUAACUCAAUGCUUGUGCUAAGGAUAGUUGCUCUUGCAACCGCAGCAGCAUCUAUGGCCUUGCUGGUUACAAACAAGUACAAAUUUGACAGUGGUGCAGAGGUGAAAUAUCAAGAUUUCAAUACAUACAGCCUGGAGGUAGCUAUUGCAGCAAUUACUUGUUUAUAUUGCAUAGUGCAGCUUCCAUUUGCCAUUUAUUAUGCAAUACGAGAGAGGAGAUUGAUAGACAAUGAAUUCUUGCCAGAAUUUGACUUCUAUGGAGACAAGGUAACUAGUAUGGUUCUGGGGAUAGGCAUUGGUGCUGGUUUUGCAUUGUCUGUGGAAUUAAAAAAGUUCAUCGAGGAGAGAGUUAAAGAUGAAUAUGGCUUUAGGUCCACCUAUGGCAAGAUUUUAAUUCGAGGCUUCGUUGCAACUGCUUUUCUUUUGGUCUCAUUCCUCUCCAUGGCUCUAGUUUCAUUCAUUUCUUCCAAUAACCGAACCAAAAAACAACACAGCUACUACUAAUUGUUAAUGCUUCAUGAAUUUUGGGUCUUCACCUCCUUAUUUAUUUAUUUAUUUAUUUUGUGCUAUGUUAGAAACAUGUAUAAUUUGUCUUCGAUUGCACAUUGCAUGCAUUUGCAUUGAGACCAACUCAAAUUUUGGUGGUCGCCAUCUUAUUUAUUUAUGCUGCAAAAAGUAUA